AUGGAGGUCUGUCAAAUCCGUGAGAACCUGUACAGAUGUCGGGCUUGUUGUGAAUGGAUAAAACUGGGAAAGAAAGCAGAGCUCACCAACGACAUGACGGCCUGUAAAUAUUACGAAAUGGAAGACGAGACAGUGAACAUUGCUGUAUCAAAGCCCGUUACUAUGAGUUCAUCUAGCAGGGCACCUUCUAAUGCUGUAGACAACAUCAUCGACUGUAGAUCUUUCAACCUACUUGCACAUACAUAUCACGAUUUCCAACCUUGGCUUAAAAUAGACCUACAAGCCAUGCAUGACGUCAUUAAAGUCACCAUCGUCAACAGAUUUGAUUGCUGUGGGAACCGACUGCAUGAUGUCCAGGUAAACGUGAUAAACAAUGAAUCGCAAGCAUCGUGUGGAUUCUACAAAGGACCAGCACAAGUGCGAGACGUAAUAGCAGUGUAUUGUGCUUCAGGUGCUGUAGGAAGAUACGUAGUUAUGAAAGUUCUCAGUCAACCAGGAGAGGCGGACUAUAUCAACGUUUGUGAGGUCCAGGUCUUUGUCAACUCCCAACAGUAAAAUGUGUCAUCAUUCGG